AUGAAGAGGAAGCUGGCACUCUCCGAGAUGCAGUUGGUUCUUCUCGUUUUAUUGGUGUGGCUACCAACAAGAUCAGUGCUGGCUGACUCCCUGGAAGACGAAGCUAAGAAUAACAUCACCAUCUUUACAAGAAUUCUAGACAGACUUCUGGAUGGUUAUGAUAAUCGCCUCAGACCUGGAUUAGGAGAUAGUAUUACUGAAGUCUUCACUAACAUCUAUGUGACCAGUUUUGGACCUGUGUCAGAUACUGAUAUGGAGUACACGAUAGAUGUUUUCUUCCGUCAGAGAUGGAAGGAUGAGAGAUUAAAGUUUAAAGGCCCAAUGAACAUUCUUCGACUGAACAACCUAAUGGCCAGCAAAAUCUGGACCCCAGAUACAUUUUUUCACAAUGGGAAGAAGUCAGUGGCUCAUAACAUGACGAUGCCAAACAAGCUUUUACGAAUCCAGGACGACGGGACGCUGUUGUACACCAUGAGGCUUACAGUCCAAGCUGAAUGUCCAAUGCACUUGGAGGAUUUCCCUAUGGAUGCUCACUCAUGCCCACUGAAAUUUGGCAGCUAUGCAUACACAACUUCAGAAGUGACAUACAUUUGGACUUACAAUGCUUCAGAUUCAGUGCAAGUGGCACCAGAUGGCUCAAGACUGAAUCAGUAUGAUCUUUUAGGCCAAACAAUUGGAAAAGAGACAGUUAAGUCAAGUACAGGUGAAUACACAGUAAUGACGGCUCAUUUUCACUUGAAGAGAAAAAUUGGUUAUUUUGUCAUUCAAACUUACCUCCCCUGCAUCAUGACUGUCAUUCUGUCUCAAGUGUCAUUCUGGCUGAACAGAGAAUCUGUGCCUGCCAGGACAGUCUUUGGAGUAACAACUGUGUUGACAAUGACAACACUAAGCAUCAGUGCUCGAAAUUCACUCCCCAAAGUAGCAUAUGCAACAGCUAUGGAUUGGUUUAUUGCUGUUUGUUAUGCAUUUGUAUUCUCUGCAUUGAUUGAAUUUGCAACUGUAAAUUAUUUCACAAAGCGAGGAUGGGCCUGGGAUGGAAAAAGUGUAGUGAAUGAUAAGCCUAAAAAAGAAAAAGCAUCUGUCAUUAAGAAAAACAAUGCCUAUGCAGUGGCUGUUGCCAACUAUGCUCCAAAUAUUACCAAGGACUCAGUGCUACCAACCAUCUCCAAGAGUGCUACAACUGCAGAACCCAACAAGGCAAAGCCAGAAGCGAAGCCACAAGAAGCAAAGAAGACAUUCAACAGUGUUAGCAAAAUUGACAGAAUGUCUAGAAUAGUGUUUCCAGUCUUAUUUGGUACUUUUAAUUUAGUGUACUGGGCUACAUAUUUAAACAGGGAGCCCGUCUUACUUGGCUUUGCACCAUCAACCUAAAAGCUG